CGCGGUUUCCGGAAUGUUUAAUUGUUAAUUAUUAUUGUGGGAAAGAACUGUGAAUGUGUUGGACUAGUGUUUGGUUUUAAUUGUUAAAAGUAUACUUAGUCUCUUCAACCAACCUCGUUUCUGAUUCAUCGACUGAACAAAAACGUGUAAAAGGUCAAGAUUUUCUUCUCUGCUAAGCUGUUUCAUUAACCCCAAGUGAUCUCACUUAACACUUGAAACAUCGCCCGGCUCAUAGGUUCGGCUACUGACCGCCACAUCAUGUCGGCUCCAGCCCUACCCGACCCUGCCAGGUCAGGCGUGACCAGCUUCCACGUGAAGCCGGUCCGACGCACGUAGCCGCUGGACCGUGACGUUUGAACCAUGAGCGGGAGAAAACAUUAACAGUAACCACAACCCGAACUGUAGCGGACAUUCCCGGAUUUUGUAGUGUCGCCAGAUCUCGCCCAUAGGAUGGAGUCGGUGACGCGGGUCAAAGACGAGAAACCCCCCACCCCCCAGCAGCAGACUCAGCAGUUCCAGAGCCUGCAGUUCCAACAGCAGUUACAUUCCCUGCAACAGCAGCAGCAGCAACAUCAGAGCCUACAACAGCUGCAGCAGCAGUUGCAGCUUCAGGCGUUGCUGUCGGCGGCUUCGCAAAACAAAAACAGCCCAGGAGCAACUUUUGACAAAUACAGGAGCCCAGUCUCAGAAGUCUUGAACAGGAGCCCCAUCACAGAAGUUCUAAACCGGAGCCCCGUGACAACAGACAUCCGCAACAUCAACCGCAGCCCUGUGGCCGACAUCCUCAACAUCGGCCGGACCGCCGGGGCUGAAGGCGUGAAUGCCAGGACGGAGAACAACUUCCUGCUGGAGGAGCUGGCCCAGCUGAUCUCCGAGAGCAUCAACACGGAUAUGAGCACACCGCCCUCCACUGUGUCCGCCUGCAGUGGGAGUGGCAGCGACAAAUCUGCGACUCAGCCAAUCAAAUCAGAAACCAGUCCUAGCCAGUCACAGGCCAAUGCUGUACAACAAAGCCAGGUGUCUUCCAGCAAGCCGUCCUUCGUCCCCAACGAACUGCUAGGUUCACUUCUGCUCAAGGCUUUGAAUGGGUUUUUGUUUGUAGUCAACAGCCAAGGAAAAGUUGACUUCGUCUCUGACAACGUAAUUCACUAUCUUAAAUACACGCAGGAGGACCUUGUGGGUAAAAGUAUCUACAACAUCAUUCAUGUGGGGGACCACCCACAAUUCAGCAACAAUUUACUUCCUAUGACCUUGACCAGUGGUCUAGCAUGGCCAAGCGACUCACCUACAACCAGGGGGUGCAACUUUUCUUGUCGUAUGCUCAUUAAACCUCCAACUGAAGAGGAAGAAGAUGUAGAGGUGAAACAAACUUAUGUUUCUCAGUAUGAGAAUAUGCAAAUCACAGCCGUAUUUCAGCCUUGUCUUGCUCAGAAAUUGACAGAUUCACAAAGUAACUCUCCACACUCUAAAGAUAAUCCCACUUGCCUAGUGUGUAUAGCUCGGUGCCUCUCUGUAACAGAGAAGAACAAUAUGAUGAUUGGUGGCUUAGACCAGUUCUCUACCAAACAGGACCUGGACGGGAAGAUAAUUGGUGCAGAAACAAGAUUUGGUCAAGGAAUGAUUGCGUUAGAAGGCGCUCACUUGAAAGAUUUCUGCCAUGUGAAUGACAUGCAGCUGAUGAUGAAACACACAGAGGAAGCUUUGAAAAUAGGCACCAGCACAAGCGGUGUGUACCGGUUUAGGCUGGCGGAAAACAGAUACGUCUUCGUCCAGACUAAAAGCACUCUGUUCAGUAACCAGGUCACAGGAGAACCCGAGUUUAUCAUGUCCACUCACUCUAUCCUCCGAGAAUGUGACUCAGACACUGAACUCAAGGGCUCAGCCUCCACCAGUCUGAUGAAAUCCAUCAUCAGCCCGUCUGGCGCUAGACAGAAUGCCGGCAACACAGCAGCACAGCCCACCAAUCAGAACGCUGCGUUCACCACUGGCGGCAUGGGUCCAGCCAGCGCUCCAGCCCCCCUGGAGGUGACCAGUAAUGAUUUGGACAUGCUGUUUGACUGGGACUCAAAUGACCCAUCCGACCUGAAACCCAUGGUGUCCAGCGAGGCGGCAGGUGGGUCAGCCAGCAACUGGAACUCCAUGCCCAACAUGAAGUCACCAGCCAGCCAGCCAUCUCCACUCCAGUACGCCCUGCAGGCCCCCAACAAAAGGCACCAGAUGCUCAACACAGUCCCGAGAAGCAUCUCUACAACUUCUUUUGAUGCCAGUCAAAAACCACAGAGGUUCACCCCCAGCCCCGGGUCAGGGCCGCGGAGCGCUGGGUACAACCAGCGAGCCAUGGGGUCGUAUGCCAACCAGCGCAGCCCGGCGGGUAUGGGGAUGGCCUCGAACUCUUCUGUAACACAAAGCCGUAAUCAGAGUGGCCAGUUUACGUUGAACUACCAGCGUAAGACACCUGUCUCACCUCUCCUGUCACCCCAGCCAGCCAAUCCAUCAAGCCCGUGGAGGCCCUCGUCAGCCACAAUCCCACAAACACCGCCUGCCUUUAAUGACUUCAUGAACACAUCCCAUAUCUCUGCUUUAGACUCCCAGUCUGGGCUAGGCGGGCUGGACAUCAACAUAUCCUCGUCCGUAUUUACUUCACCGUUCCAUUCCUCACCCUCCCCGUCAUUCUCAAACAUGGAUCUCAACACCAUGACAGGCAGUGCCAACAACAGCAUGCUCCAGUCACAGGGCAUGAUGCCCAUGUCGAGCAGUGCCAACAGCAACAUGCUCCAGUCACAGGGCAUGAUGCCCAUGUCAAGCAAUGUACUGCAGUCACAAAGUAUGACAUCCAUGUCGGGGAGUACCAACAGCAACAUGCUCCAGUCACAGGGCAUGGUCUCGAUGGCCGGCGGCUCUAACAACGUACUCCAGUCCCCGGGAAUGAAUUCUAUGACCAGUGGAAAUAACAGUAAUAUACUACUGCAGUCUCAGAACAUGACGUCUAUGACCGGCAGUAUCAACAGUAACGGCAUUAACUCUCAGCGGUCCGGCAAACUUUGCCAGCUGCUGACCCAAAACACGAACCCUGAAGCCCUUCACUCCCCCGCCUCCGUGGACGGGAGACGACCAAUAACCGGGCGGGGGCGACACGCCUCCGGCCAGGUCAACUCAACCAUGUCCACGCCCAAUUCAGUAUCCAGCAGCAACAGUUGUAUAACGACAUCCACGUCCAGUGGCGUGUCCAACAGCAUGACUCUGGACAUGCACCACCAGAGUAUCCAUUCCAGUAUGAUCAAGUCCCCGGAUGACCGGCUACACCAGUCCCCUACCGAGGGCCCUGGACAAAGUCCGCAGGAGAAACCCCAGAGCACAUCGAACGACGACGGCGACAUUGAGAUGACGACCAGGGGAAGUAACGCUACAGGCGCGUCGGACACUCGGAAUAACAUUCUGAAAAAUUUGCUGAGUCAGGACGAUGAUGACGAGGACCCCCCCAUGAUGGACGGCAGCUCCCCGUCCUUCAGCUCCCGGUCAGCUUUUGCGGACUUCAACAUGUGUGAUAAGAACGAAGCCGAGCCUAAGAAGCAGAAUGCCUUACUAAAGCAGCUUUUAGGUGAUAAAGGUCAUAAGCCGAAAGAUAAUGAAUUAAAUGACAGAAUACGCAGAGAACUGCUGGAGAAGAACAGAUCUUCUUCAGAUGCCUCUAGUAGUGGUUCCAUUGGCAAGACCAGGAGACCUAGUGAGGGGAGGGAACUCCUGCACCAGUUGCUAGAUGACAGUGAUGAGGAUGAUCACAACAGAUCCAGCAUCACAACAUCUGCCCCUGCUGAAAGUACAUCAGCAGAUCAUGAUCCUGGGCCACCCUCUAGAUCCAGGCACCAGUCAGAAAACCAAGAACCACAGUCCACAUCAUCCCAGGCCUCGCACUCAGAGCCUCCCACACCACAGGGUCACUCAAGACAGGGGUCACUCAAAAGGUCGGGGGCGAUGAGUGCAUCCAGUGACAUGCCCAACAAACAGUUGGACGACCUACUGCAUUCACUGUGGGAGAAGGAUGACAACCCUAACAAGCUACAGGCAAUAAGUAGCAGCACUGGCAAAAAUCUGGCCAACACCAAGCGAAGAAAAAUCUCUCUCCCCGAUGUGGACAGUAGUGAUGGUGUGGAUAUGGACACGGAGCCGAGCACGUCAUCCGGAGGUCCUAGCACACCCCAGAGCAGUAAAUUGUGUGAGAAGAACGCACUUCUUGCGCAGCUGCUGAGUAAAACUGUACAGAAGGACACCGUGCUCAACACAAACAUUUCCAUCAACCCCAACCCCAUGGGCGUGCCGCAGAGCAGGUAUCCCAGGAACCUCAGUGAGAAGAUCAUCACGGUUAAAAGCGUCGACAACGCAGAGGGACAUUCUUACGGUCAUAGCUCAGUGCCGGACAACAACCAGGGGGGGAAUUUUCAAGUGUCCACCUCGGGUAAAUCUCGGACUUCGUCCUUGACAAUCAACACCACAAACCAGAUGCCAAAUUUUUUGACUGGUCCUUUCCCAGAUCACCAGUCUCCAAUAGAUUCAAAUUCGAUGGAUAUGUCGCAGUCUGCCGAGUCGCAGAUCAACCAUAUCCAGAGCCUGUUGGAGGGUGAGGACUCCAUAUUUGGUGGGGAGCCAAUUGUUGCGGAGUCCAUCUCCAAUAUUUCCGCUGAUAAUUCUCUAAAUGAUCCGCUCCUACAACAAAUCCUUCAACAGGCGGCGGAUCUGCAUGACGAUCUCCAGAAAAAAGCCAUGAGAAAUCCAACUUCAUCCAUGUCAGGUUUAUCCAUGUCUGGGCUAACUGGGUCAAUGGAGUCUGGGUUGAGUGUCAGCAAUUCCAUGGCGUCAACUGUCACAUCCAUCGCUCAGGCGCUGAGCUCGUCGGUGCAAGCGCAAGAAAAUAACAUGAACCUGUUCCAGGAGAGAAACCAAAUGAGCAAAAGCCAUCAGCAGAGGAGUCUGCAGCAGGAGUUACAACAGCAGAAGCUGCAGCUGCAGCAGAAAGCUUUGAAGGUUGCUCAGCAACAACAGCAGCAGCUUCAGUCACAACUUCAAGCACAACAGCUGCAGUCACAGCAACAGCUGCAGUCACAGCAACAGCUUCAGUCACAGCAACAGCUACAGUCUCAACAACAGCUGCAGUCUCAACAACAGCUGCAGUCUCAACAACAGCUGCAGUCUCAACAACAGCAACAACUUCAAGCACAGCAACAGUUGCAGUCACAACAACAGCAACAACUUCAAGCACAGCUACAGUCUCAACAACAACAACUGCAGUCACAACAACAGCAACAGCUACAGUCACAACAGCUGCAGUCACAACAGCUACAGUCACAACAACAACAACAACUGCAGUCCCAACAACUUCAAACACAACUUCAGUCUCAGCAACAGCAGCAACCAUUCUUAUCCCCACCCCAACAGCCUUCAUCAACCACCUCCUUACAGCAAUCCAUAUCAUCCCAGCAUGGUGACAUGCAACUAAACAAACAUCACCAACUACAACAACAACAACAACAGCAGCAGCUUCAGCUCCAACUACAACAACAACAGCAGCAGCAGCAGAUGGUUGUUUCCUCUGACAUGGAUUUGUUGAACGAAGAAUCCAACCUGGUGGCUCAGCUGGAAGAGUUCAUGAAAGAGACUGGCAACUGGCCCAAUGACAACUUCCUGUCCAGCUCCAACCAAACACAACAAGGCCAGUCCAACCUGGCCAAUGAGCAGUUGGUUAUUGACGGCAUCAAGCGUCAGCUGAUGGGCGAUGAUCCCUUGGCUGCCCCGCAAUCACAAUCCAUGAUUGGGAAUGAGAAUGUCUUGGCCAACAGGCAGGCAGUUCAGCGCUCCAUACAACAACAGUUGCAGGCCAGUAUGUCCAGUCAGGCUCUGGGAAACAUGGCCCCCGGCCAAGUUCCAGGCUACAAUGGCCAAGGCCAGCAGAUGAAACAGAACAUGAUGGGAGGAUUCAGCCCACAGAUGUCCAACAUUAGAUCUCAGCAGCCACAACAGCCAGGCUUCAACCAGCCUCGAGGACCUCUAGCUCCUGCCCUACAGAACCCUGUACCAUUCCGUGCAGCGAACCAGUCCAUGCUAGUCAGACAAAACUUGCUGUACCAGCAGCAGAAUCGCCAGAUGGGACGCCAGAAGCAGCAACUCCAGGAGAGACAGCGGAUGUUGCAGCUGCAGCAACAGCAGCGGCUACAAGGCCUGCCGCAACAGUUUAACCAGAGGUUUAACCAGUCUGGCUUACCUUUAGAAGGCACAGCACAAGCAACUUUCCCUGAAAACUUCAGAGAACUAAUGACCCAAGGCCACCCACCUAAUGUGACCUUACCUGUCCAGAGAGGUCAGGGCAUGCCUGGUCCAAUGUCUCCUCGCUUCACCCCCCAGGGACCUGGUCCCUCACCUCAGCCGAGCCAGUUAUCACCCCAUUUCUCCCCCCAGCCUGGGACUGGUGUGGCCUGGAGCAUGCGGCCCCAGGGUGGUUCAGACCCUAUUGGAAUACAGCAGGGCAACCAGUUUUCUCCAAACAUGAAUCGCCAGAGGUCACUGUCAGGCAACUCCUUGCCCAGCCCAGCCAAUCAGCAGACAGCACCGCCCCAGCAGCAGCAGGCAAGAGACGCUCGCUUCCAGCUGUCAGACAACCAGUUUGUGGGGGCAGGGGGCGCUGGCAGCGUCUUCUCUAACCAGCAACAGCAGGGUCAAGGUCAGGGCAUUUACCCACCAAACAGGAUGAUGCAGAGAGUGCCAACAGGUCGCGGCUCCCCCAGAGGACCCCACAGCCCAUUUGGUACCAGCCCACCUGACCCUCUGCUCAUCUCACCCCAGGCUGUGAUGUCCCCUAACUCAAACAUGAGACAGCAGUCGUCUGUACAGCAGGUCAGUCCGCAGUAUAGCCAAGUUGGCAUGACGUCAAAUUUUGGCAACCAGCAAGUGGGGAUGACCAGUGGUCCUGUAUCUUUCCAGGGCAGCCCGUCUGUAGGGUCAGGGUCAUCAUCCUUCAACCCUGGGGCAACCAUGUCUCAGUCUACGGCUAAUGAUAUGCAUGACUUUAUGCAUAUAUUAAAUAUCAGUUCCAUGGAAAAUAACAAAAAUGUUUCGGGAGACCUGAGCAGCGGAGCCUCCAAGUCCCAGUACGUCAAACAGGAGCUGCGCAACAUCUGCAGCGCUAGGUCUGAGAAACAGCAACAGCAGCAGCAACAGCAGUCUCAGAUCCCAAACAUGGACUUUGACAGCUCGUCCAGCGAGCUGCCGCCUGACAUCCUUGAGACAAUAAAUGACAUGACCAAAGAACAUGGCGCCCCAUUGGGUUCACUUGAGGAGGCCGAUGUGGUUAUACAGUCAAGGAUUGAGGCUAAACACAGAUACCAACAGUUCCGAAAGUUAUCCAUGUUUCAGCAGGCACCUCCUGUUGUCGAUGCCUCUGAUGAGGCGCAAGUCAAAGCAACGAGUCUGUUCAGAAACCAGCUGUUGCGUCCAGUUAAUAACACACCACCACCACCUACGUCCACUAAUGGUCAGCAGUUACCCCAGUCAUCCACAUCUGGGAAGAAUGGAGAAAACGCAUCUCAGUUUAAUAUACUACAGUUAGAUAGUCGGGCACCAAUAGAAGACAUCAGACCUGCUGACAACAAGAACAGCUUACUCUGUCAACUGUUAUCAGAAUAAAGGGACGUAACUUUUAAAUUAAGAAAGAUAAUAACAUACUGGAGAUGUGUGUCUAGUGAAGAUAAAAACAAUAGACUAAACACAUUUUAUCAAGAGAAUUGGCACCAUGUGUGUAACAACAUAUCUGGCAAACUCAGGGAAUUCAAAUAUUUGUGGACUAUUUAUUUCUCACUGUUGACUUUGUGUAGUGUUUCAUAGACAAUGGAUAUGUUAAGUGUUGUAGCGUCUGUUCAACUACACAACUACGAUUUCUUUACGCCAGAUGAGCAUCUGGGAAAACAGUUUUCAUGUUUCUUUUCGUUGGCGAUGGACUUGAUUAGUGCCACAGCUAUAGUUGCCAAAAGAUUCAUGCAUCAGCUACAGACUUGGGAAUGUAACAUUUUUAAACUAAGUUUUAGCUUCUUACAAAGGAACAAUCGGACUUUGUGGAAAAACAUUGUGACAGCUUCUGGUGUAUAUAAUGUGCACUGGAUGUGAAAUGUGUUAAAAGCGUGUUUUAAAAACAAACUGUCUGUGAUCUAUGGAGGUAUUAGAGUUGGAGUGAAUCACAUUUUCCUUGUAUUACAAAUUUUACUAGCCUGCUGUGCAGAAGAGUGGCAGACGUGUCAUAGUUCUGUUUCUUGCAUGACAUGGUCCAGGUUACCUGUGAUAAGUUGACUGUGCAGAGUUAAUUCCCUUUCAAAUGGAGGUUUAUGAACUGAAGAUGGGUGAUUCUUGUUCUACUGUCACAGUAGUUGUGUAUAUAGACUGGGGCGGAUUUCCAGCAUUACAAUGAAGACAUUCUCUGUUUUGGCCUGUUGUAAAGGAAUAUAUUUACCAUUUCAUUAAUAGUGAUUUGUAUGUAGUAUAUGUAUGUACAAUUUAAAAGAUAUUUACGCUAUAUAUUUUUUGAAUUCUUGCACAAUGUCUUUUUAUUUAUUUUAGUGUUGCCUGGAACACAUGUUUAUAGCCACCUUGGCAUUCAUCUAAAGGUCAAGGCUGCCUUGGGAAAAAAAUGCCAUUUACAUAAUUUGUCAUGUUUAAUAAUGUAUUUCUCAUUGUGAUGUGCACAAGUUUGUUUAAAAAAAUUAGAAUUGUUACAAAGAUUAACUCUAUGUAACAGAUAUUUAUUUUAUAAAACCAAACAAUAGCAUUACAGUAAAGUUGUUUUGUCUCUGUCCUUUAUGUAAUGAUCCCCCCCUCCACUUUUUUAUUUUAUGUGUGUACACAGUUUAUGUACAUAUAAACAUUUAUAUUUACACUUUAACUUCUUGUUUCAAUGAAUAAUUAUUUUUACAAAGCUUGGCUGGUAAACAAAGUGUUAAGUGACUGCAACCCAGAUAGAGUGACGAGACCUCACUCAAAUUUUACUUUUGAUAUUAUUCAACACCACAGUAGGAUGUUUUGUUAAGAAAUUGUUGUAAGGCUACUGAAACACUCGACUUUCAUUGCUUUCAUAUCAGUUUAAUCAUGAGUGGUACUGUUAGAUCAACGUAGUUUAAAAGUAAAUCCACUCAUUUAACCUGAAUUCAUUUUCAUGAGUGGAAUUCUUAAAGCUGUGAUUAUAAAUACUCAGUUUAAAAGAUAUUCUUAAAAACUUUUUUAAAAAACGUGUAACAUAAUAAGGUUGAUAUUGAGUAAAAGUGAUUUUUAAAAAUCAAUAAAAUUAAAAUGGCAUAACAAAUCUUAUGGUAAAGAAAAUUAAUUAUAAUUCUUACACAAAUGUUUUAAAAAUAUUUUCUACAAUUUUUUUCAUGUAACACAUUGAAUGGUACAGCUUAAUAGUUCAUGUAUAAAUGCUAUCAUUUUUUUAAAUCUUAAAAAAAAAAACCAUUGUAAUUUCAAAGCUCAGUAUAAUGGUGUUUUUGUAUUACUAAAAUUAUUUUUUACUUGUAUGACCCACAGGUUAAAUAAUUGAUUUUAAUUGAGAUUAAUAAUUGACUACAGUGUACAAUAUUGUUUAUUAAGAAAAUCAUUUUUGUUGAAAAUUUUAGCUUGGCCAAAAUAAUGUUUACACCAUUGUUGUCAUUGUUUCCACAAUUAAUGAAUGUGCCAAGGUUUGGACAUAAGAUAUUCACAGUUGGAAUAAACUUCUUGUCGGCCUAUACUUGGAAUGAUCAAGAAACUUUGCUGGGUCUAACUCUCAUAUUUAAAAAUAUUUUGUAGCAUUAUAAAUUUAAAAAAAAAAGCUAGUUAAUCUUAAAGUGUUAGUUUACAUUUUAAAUAUUUAAGUUUAACGAGCCCAAUAAAUAAUUCUUAUCAACUCCAUCAAUUAAAACGUGGAAAUAGAAUUUUUUUUUUAAACCGUGUGUAAUUAGCAUUUUACGGUUAGAAAUAUUUUUAUUAACUCAAACCAGCAGCCACUGUGGUUAGAAAGAUUCAGCUAAUGUCACACCCCAGCCAAGAACAUUUACAUUCAAUGGGAAUAUUACUUUAUUCCUGUUUAUUUUAACUUAUGAUACGGAUAUAUUUAAACAUGAUUUACCUGAUUACAUGCAUGUAUAAUGAGUUCAGCUGGUAUUUAAUUUCAGAAAAGUUUUCUCGUUUGUAUUUUGAUGAGUAGAAAUAGACUUAGAAAAAUUAAAAUGUUGAACUGUGUACAAACUCUGAACAUUUGUAAAAAAAUAAAUAAAUAAAAUAAUGACAAUAAUCCAGAAUUUUUUUCCUGCAUUUCAUCUCUAUUUAUAACUAUGGUUAAUCCAGGACCAUUUCCAUUAGUUAAAUCCUGUUAGUAUCCCCCCCCAACUCCACAUUUGAAGACACUAUUCUCUCUACAACUUCUUGAAAUAAAGCCUCAGGGAUGGAUGUAGUGUGCCUUCCAUGCCAGAUUUUUCUUCAUGUGGAUAUUUUAAUGACAAUUCAUAACUUGUUUUCUGUUGUCGUCAUCAAAUUAAAAUCUUUGUGUACAACUUUAUGUUGAUACUUUAUAGUAUGUUCUACCCAACGGUUGUGAUGGAUUCAUAAGUUAAAAUUUGUAACAAUAAAAUCAGAAAUAAACCUAGUAAAUUAAUUUUUUUGGUAUUAACAUAGAUCAUAGAUUUAAAAAUGAAUGGCGAAUUUGAGUUUUCAAUUUUUGUCAUUAAAUAUGAACUGAUUUGUUUAUACUGGCAUAAAAUAUUUGAGAACUGGAUGUCAGUAUUGAAAUGUUGACCAUCACCUGGCCUGUGACUUGUAUGAUGUAACACUUUUGAUGCCAGCAACUUUGUAAUAUUUUGUUUUGCUCAUUUGUGUGAAGCACUGUAGCCGUGUCCAACGUUUAGGUUGUAUUCUCAUAUUGUUAGAAUAAUGUACCAAUUAUUUUCUCUUCAGUGUAUUAUAAGUGCAAAUUUUGUGACCACGCCUCUCUACCUUUCUCGUGGUCGCAGUGAGUGAUUUGUUGAAAUAAUGCUGAGUUCAGGAAGGCAAUUAAAAAGAUAU